AUGGUUUUCUCCUCCAUCCAAGCUUAUCUUGAUUCAUCCAACUGGCAACAAGCUCCUCCAAGCAAUUAUAAUCAGGGUGGCGCAGGAGCCUCAGAAACCGAGGGUCAUGGUCUUUGUCCUCAGCUGCAGCCACAGUCCAACGGUAGCGGAGGCAGUGGCUCGAUCCGACCAGGAUCGAUGGUGGACAGAGCAAGACAAGCGAACGUAGCCAUGCCUGAAGCGGCAUUGAAAUGUCCAAGAUGCGAAUCCACCAACACCAAGUUCUGCUACUUCAACAACUACAGCCUCACUCAGCCACGCCACUUCUGCAAAAGCUGCCGGAGAUACUGGACACGUGGCGGUGCCCUCCGCAACGUCCCCGUAGGUGGUGUCUGCCGGAGAAACAGGCGUACUAAAAGCAGUAGCAACAACAACAACAGCACCGCCACUAGCAACAACACAAGCUUCUCCUCCGCAGCCUCGGGGAACGCAUCCACUAUAAGCGCGAUACUCUCCUCGAACUACGUAGGAACCCGUGAGAGUAUCUUAAGCCAGAUUUUAUCUCCAGGGAGGUUAAUGAAUACUAAUUAUAAUCAUCAUCUAGGAGAUCUCUUAGAUAAUACAAAAACAGAUAACAGCAUGAGUUUACUAAACUAUGGAAGAUUGAGUCAAGACUUAAGAUCAGUCCACAUGGGAACUUCAGGUGGCUCGCUUGUGAGCUGUGUUGAUCCUUCUUCAAAUGGGUUUCACCCUUUCGAAUCGCCGAGAACAACUUCUGCGUCAAUCUCAUCUGCUUUGGCCUCGCAGUUUUCUUCUGUUAAUGUUGAAGACAAUCCUUACAAAUGGGUUAAUGUUAAUGGUAAUUGCUCCUCGUGGACUGAUCUUUCUACUUUUGGCUCUUCUCGUUGA